CUUUCAUUUGAGCAUUAGAUUUGGGAUAGCUCAGCCGUAUUAAUGCAGCUGAGUCCGAGAGUAAUGGAUGUAGUAAAUGUGCUCAUGUUCAUCUUCCUUUUAUCCUGUUGGAUGCUAUAAGCUUUGCUAAUCAAAUCAAAUAACCGAAUAAUCUAACCUUAAAUAUUAUUAGGCAAGGAUGCCCAAGGUCAAAAAAGUUAAGAAGACCCCGGCAGUUCCGGCUUACAAUGCUGCUAAGUCCGUGAAGAAAACCUCCAACCCCUUGAUCGAGAAGCGAUCCAAGAACUUCAGCAUUGGUGGAGACAUCCAGCCCAAGAGAGAUCUGAGGAGAUUCGUGAAGUGGCCCAAGUAUGUGCGUCUCCAACGCCAAAAGAAGACCCUUUACCAGAGACUGAAGGUCCCCCCAAGCGUCAACCAGUUUACCCAGACUUUGGACAAGCAGACCGCCACUAACCUCUUUAAAAUCCUGAAGAAGUACAAACCUGAAACAGCUGCUGAGAAGAAGGAGCGUCUGAAGAGCAUGGCCGAAGCAAGCAAGACCGAGGCUGGCAAGAAGCCAACUGUUGUUAAGUUUGGACUCAACCACGUCACAGCUCUGAUCGAGAAGAAGAAGGCCCAGUUGGUCGUCAUCGCUCACGAUGUUGACCCUAUCGAGCUCGUUGUAUGGAUGCCCGCUCUCUGCAGAAAGAUGAACAUCCCUUACUGUAUCGUGAAGGGUAAGGCUCGUCUCGGACAGGUUGUUCACAAGAAGACAGCUGCUGUCCUCUGCAUCACAUCCGUCAAAGCAGAAGACAAGAACGCACUUAACAACCUGGUCGCCUCGGUCACAACUAAUUAUAACGACAGAUUUGAUGAAAUCAGGAGAACAUGGGGUGGUGGCAAAUAAAUCUUAAUUUAUAUCAUUUUAUCUUACCAUCAUGUGUUUCAUUGUUUCCUGUCUGUGACCCUGAUUAUUGUAUCAAUUCAGCUGGACGUGGUCUCUCAACCAAACACAGUAUAAGUUCAAAGGCUAAUAAACUUCAUAUCGAUGGUAAUUCCCCUGGUUGAGCAAGUCAUGCCCAGCUGGGUCUUAGAUCAUCGCACAUAACUACAUCUACUUCACCCCUAACAGCAUAUCUGUUGUCAGGGUUUUGCAUGAUGUCACAGUAGAAUAAACUACAAACGUUUUUGAUUGAUAUGGUUGAAUUAAAAAUUGGCUGUUAUGAUUAUCAAUUAAAGUGCCACACAUGUAUUGUUCGUUUCAUAUCAUAAAUUUCAAGAUUUACUGAUAAUAUUGUUAAUCAAAUUGAUGUACAGCCUUCCGAAAAAUUUCAAGUUUUAACCGUUAAUAUUACUUGUAGGCAUGCCACCUAAGAAAGCUGCCGUCCCCGCCAAGGGUGGUAAGGACAAGCCCGCAAAGGCCAAGUCCGGAGGAAAGGCCAAGAAGAAGAAGUGGUCAAAAGGAAAAUCCAGGGAUAAGCUGAAUAAUGCCCCUCUCUUCGAUAAAGCCACCUACGCUAAGUUAGUAGAAGAGGUCCCUAAAUACAAACUCAUCACACCUUCCAUAGUAUCAGAGCGACUGAAAGUCAGAGGUUCUCUCGCCAGAUUCGGACUGAAGGAGUUGCACGAUAAGGGUUUAAUCAAGUUGGUGGACAAGCACGGAUCCCAAGUUAUUUACACCAGAACUUCCAAUGAGGGACAAGAAGAAUAGUUAUUUUGAACAAUAAUUGUUUUUUAUUUAUCA